AUGAGACUCGCUAUUCUGGAAACCGACACACCCGUUCCCGCGGCCUUUUCCCAGUACGGUUCUUACGGAGAUAUUUUCCGGGCUCUGCUUGAGCGGGGAGGCGUUCCUUCGGACGUGGAAAUGAGCUACUACGACGUGGUCAAGGACCAGGACUACCCUCCCAUCACUGAUGUUGACGCGAUUCUUAUCACUGGCUCCAAGUUUGAUGCCCACAGUGAUCUGCCGUGGAUUCUCAAGCUCACCGAGUUCACCAAGAUGGCCUUGGAUCACAAGAAGAAGAUCAUUGGUAUCUGUUUUGGCCACCAGAUUCUCGCUCGAGCUCUGGGAGUCAAUGGAGAGCGAAACCCCAAGGGCUGGGAGGUGGCUAGCACUGAGAUUCAGCUGACAGAGGUGGGCAAGAAGGUCUUCCACAAGCUGAGCAAGGAGCAUGACGGAACUCUGCGAAUCAUGCAGAUGCAUCAGGAUAUUGUUCCCCGGGUUCCCGAGGGUGCAGAGCUCCUGGGCUCGUCGCCAGUGUGCAAGGUCCAGGGCCUCUACAAGAAGGAGUCUUAUAUUUCGCUGCAGGGCCAUCCCGAGUUUGUGCCCGGCAUUGUGGACAAGAUUCUAGAUGUCCGAGAGCAGGCUGGCGUCUUCACUGACGAGCAGAUGAAAGAGUACAGAAAGCUGGCAGAGAAGAGACAGGAUGGAGAUGCCAUUGCCAGGGUUCUGGUGGACUUUCUGUAUGUUUAG